AUGCAACCUCCAUUGUCGCAGUGCCCUGCCCUUGAUGUCUCUGGCUGGAACGUCUCCGGAGGUCCUCGAUAUCAUGUGGACAGACUGAAGACGUACGCGCCGUUGUGCAGAAGUCCUCCGAUCCUGCGAAGGUGCAAGCCAGGCCCACAAGAGCCGUGA